UCUAUUUAUUUAUAUACGUCUGGCACUGUAACCCAGUUUUUGUAUUUGUGUGCGCUUGCUGUAAGGGGAACGAAUGAUAUGAUAUUUUAACAGCAACAGCGUCGCCUAUUUUUCUUUAUUCUAAUAUUUUUCAUGUUUUAAACGUACGUUUCUCUUCUUCCCUCCAUCUUUCUGAAUUUAUUUCUCUUUUUCUCUCUCCCCGCUUCUCUCCCUCGUUACCCGAUGCGCAAAGUCGGGUGUUGCCCCUUCCACAGCGAAUGUACAUGAGUGACAGAUGUGUCAUCCAAUCAGAGCACAGUGGGCGGAGUUAAGCUGCCUCUUCGUGAAAUAAAAUCGCUGCCUUCACAUCACACAAAGCACAACACUGCACAUACAAGCUAGGAGUAAUGUACAACUGGAUAAUGAAUAGAAGUUAAUCACUCAUUCUUUCAUAUAUAUAUAUUUUUCAAGUUGUCCCACUUCUUUUUUCAGGCCUAUUCACAAAUGGACCAGUGCAGAUAUGUCAGCCAUUCACCAUAGCUGUUUGCUAAAGCAGCUGGACCAGCAACGACAGCAGGAAUUGUUCUGUGACUGCAACGUGCUGGUGGAGGGUCAGAUUUUCCAUGCACAUCGUAACGUCUUGUACGGCAGCAGUGGGUAUUUCAGGAUGUUGCUGUCUCAAGGAGCUAAAGACACUCUAGAGUCUGUAAGUGCUUCUUUUGAUGUCUUCAGCCCUGAGAUCUUUGCCAUCAUCCUGGACUUCAUUUACUCUGGUCAGCUGGAGCUCAACAGCUCUAAUGUAAUAGAAGUGAUGUCAGCCGCCAGCUACCUGCAGAUGAAUGACGUCAUUUCCUACUGCAAGGCCUUCAUUAAAUCUUUCCUUGAGAUCAGCACAAAAGAGGACGAUGAGAAUCGGUAUCUGUGUCUGUCGGACAGCAGUCCACUUCAGGACAGGCGUGAGAACGUCAUCGAGCCAUCCAACAUGUGUGACGUAAGCAUGAGCUCUCAGACCAGACUCUGGGAUCAACCAGAGGAGGAUCAGGCACAGGAGGACUUCAGAGGAACAAGCCCACAGCCGUCAGGGCUUCAGCAGAACUCUCCUCCACAGUCCAGUCUGGAGGCACAAAUGGAGGAGGAGCAGUUCAGCUCUGUGCUCCCUGAACGCAGAAGAAGAGGAAGCAGGAAAAGAACUGCCACCAGUCGCUUGGUAACAGAAGACACUUCUCUCAUUGACCUGCAGGGGGUGGUAUCACACUGCUCUCAG